AUGCAUUAUAGUGAAAAUAUAUCUCUAAGAUUUGAAAUUGAUUCAAAUUGGCAAUAUAAAGUUAUGCACAGUAUAUCCGUGAAAAAUUAUAGUGGCUAGGUUUUUUCACUGUAAUGCUGCACUGGUGGUAUGGGGACCAAAAUGAAAACGGAUCGGAAAGCAAGGAUUGGUCACUGAAUUAUCCUCAGAAAUACGUUUUAAAGGAUGGAAAAUAUUACUUGGUGAGAAUGAAUGCUCUAAUAGCUUAUCUUCUCUUUGUGUGGACUCACUAAAACUUUUGACAGCGCUUCAUUUUGCCAUUUUAUAUCGCUAUUUACAUUGCUUUGUCCCGUCGUCUUGUCUCCUUGGUGACUGUGAAUGGUGUUGGGUUGUGUAUGGCAGCAACGUGCGAAAGCAAUCCGGGGGCCAUGUCAACCUGUCUCGCCGACUGAACAGCACGACAGCGGCUCCCGGUCGAUUGUUUUGUGGCUUCACUCAGGAUUACUGUACAAUUUUAUGCCGUGUGUGGGUUUCGUAGCUGACGGAGGAAUAUACUAGGCCUAUACUAUAGAGGCAGAAUUUUCGGGAGGAUUGUCUGACAGUAUUUUCCUUGAAAGGCUUGAACUAACUGUCCUUGGGCUUGGCAUCACUUUCCCAUCUAUUUUCAGAAUCUUUUUGGAAUGCAUCAGAAUCAGUGAAUAGUAUGGAGCCUGCAUCUGCACCAUGUCCUUAGUCUGCCCAUUAUAAACCUGAUCCCAGACAAUUAACCAUGUCGGAAUCCGUUCACAGCAGUCCCAGGAAGUCGGAUGGCGGCUCUAGCAUCCAUACACACAGGACUAGCGUGGACCAGUCGAUUUCCAACUCUGAACCGGCCCUUGCCAACAACUCGGGCGUUCGGAAACUAACCGCCUAUGAGAAGUACAUGGAAGAAAUGAACAAUGACCCGAGGGCUCUUAAAGAGGUCACGCUUGGGAAGAGGAUAGCAUUUUAUAAGAUCAGGAACGAGCUUGGGAGCGGUAACUUUUCCCAGGUCAAGAUGGGACUUCAUGCUCUUACAAAAGAAAAAGUAGCAAUAAAGAUCCUAGACAAGACCAAGCUGGACCAGAAGACCCAGCGACUCCUUUCCCGUGAGAUCAGUUGCAUGGAGAGACUCCACCACCCCAACAUCAUCCGGCUGUAUGAGGUGGUGGAGACGCUGGCCAAGCUCCACCUGGUCAUGGAGUACGCUCCUGGGGGAGAACUCUUCACCAAGAUCUCCAACGAAGGCAAGAUUGCCGAAGCAGAAUGCAAGCCCAUCUAUGCUCAGGUUAUCUCAGCUGUCUAUCAUAUGCACUCGAAGAAUAUAAUUCACCGGGACUUGAAAGCUGAGAAUGUUUUCUAUGCAGCCAAUGGCUACGUCAAAGUUGGAGACUUUGGUUUUAGCACUUAUUGCAAGAUGAGUGACACUCUGAAUACAUUUUGCGGAUCCCCACCGUACGCGGCUCCAGAACUCUUCAAGGAUGAGAACUACGUUGGUCCGCCUGUGGACACCUGGGCGUUGGGAAUCAUGCUUUAUUUCAUGAUCACCGGCGUGAUGCCAUUCCGUGCCGACACGGUGGCUAAACUGAAAAAGUGCAUCCUGGAUGGUCAGUUUUCCAUUCCGUCGUAUGUAUCAAGUAACUGCCAGCAGUUGAUACGGAACGUCCUGAAGCAGCCCCCAGGAGAUAGGUUCACCAUUGAACAGAUCAAGAACUCCCAGUGGCUACAAGGUCAAGACUACCCGCCACCCCAUCCAUCUUAUCACCUCACACCGUGCUUCAGGAGAGAGUCCGCAAGCAGCGAAGAACUCAAUGUGCUCGAUCAGCUCAAGGCUCUGGGUAUCGAGGACCACCAGCUGGAGAGCACGCGGGAUCAGGACUCGCGCAAUAGUAUAACCGGAACCUACCGCAUCGCGCUGCACAGGCUGCAGCGAAAGCGGCUGGAACCGCCCGUCGUCCUGCCGCCCCCACAGACGAAAGGCAAGUCGUCGAGACCAAGCAGUAGAAAGAAAAGCAAGGACAGUAACAAGAAUAACAAACCAUCAAAGCUAUGUACUAUAUUAUAGCAUUAUUUUAGAGUCUUUUUUAUUUUCUUCAUGAGAUAUUUAUAAAAGUCUGGAUGUACAUAAUCGAGAAUAUGACUAUAUCAAUACAAUCAGGUUGUGGUAUUCGUACAGAUUUUAUAAUUAAUGAAGAAUUAUUAUGCAAUAUAUCUACAUUCAGAGGAGUGCAUGCAGCUUAAGUUGAUGUUCUAAAUGUACAUGUACGUGUCCAGUACAUGGCAAAUUCUCUGCAACAUGAUGCUUGCAUUAAUUAGAAUGUUGUCAUAGAUUGAUCGCUUGCAAGUUAAUUGGCUCUCAUAUUCAUCAUAGUAGUCAGUACUUCCCACACAGUACCAUUGCAUGUGUCCCUUGUAUUGUCCCAUUCAUCAGCAUCUAGCAUGAAAUCAUCUGUAUUGGUUAAUUAAUGGGACGACCAGUGUUAUAAUUGGAAAUUAAGCAUUGGUUGGCAUUGAGACCGAACAAUUCCAAUUGAUUUUUUUUCUUCCAUAUUCCACACUACCGAAUCUGCAACAUCUACAUCCUGUCCAAAAAAUAUGGUUCUAUUCAGAUCUGUAAUUCUGUAUGCUUUGUCCCCUCCAUUAUUACCCAGAAUAUGAUAAAAAAAUCUUAGUUCCCAGGAAUAUUCAUGCACUUGUAGACAUGCAUGCAAGCUCAAAAUGAACAGAUAUUUUCUGCAUGAUGUUUAAUUGAUAUCCAUAGACAUGGUCAGAAUGAAAGGGAAAUGGCUGUAUUACACUCGUAAUAAACUAGCAAGGAAUCAAACAAGUGCAUUUGUUCAUGUAUGUUUGUAUCAUGCAAAUGGUGGCUCACAGAAAUGGUUUAUUAGUCAAUGGGCUAUAUCCACUUAUUUUAGUUAUUUAUGCUUGCGAUUUACCCUUGAGUUAUUAUGAAGUUAUACGUAGGGAUUUUUAAUCUGGACAUCCAAGAGAGAGAGAGAGAAAGGGGUAGCGUUAAAAAAUAGAGAUUGAUUAUGGGGAAAGAAGAAAAGAUGAGGAGGGGGCAAGGAGAGAGGAGGGGAAAGAGAGGAUACAUGUAAUAGGAAAGGGAGAGAAGAAGUGAGAGAGAGAGAGAGAGGGAGGAGGAGUGAAAAGAAGAAAGGCAAUGAUGAGUGGAUAUAGAGGAGAGGGGGGAGAGAGGAGGGGAAAGGGAAAGAAGAGGAAAGAAAAGAGGGAGGGAAGCAGAGAGAAAUAGUGAAUGAAAGAGAGAGGGAAUAAGGUGCUGAAAGGGGCAGUCGAAAAGAAGAGAAAUGAAAGAA